AUGUCACUCUCAAGUCUUCCCCCUGAGGUUUGGAUCCGCAUCCUAGGGUUUUGCUCCCGGGACGACGUUCGCCGCAUUGUGAGCCUCGUCUCCGGCGAGCUCAACCGGUAUGCGAAUGUGGUCCUAUACCAAAGCAUAGAAUGGGCCUGGGAGCGACUCGCCAUCGAGCGGAUUAUCAGAUUAUUAACUAACCUGAUGCGAUACCCCGAGUUGGGGACUUUUGUUCAGAGGAUCCGUAUCCGCCGAAGCGAUACUACGUUUACCAAUACCGACUGGACACCUCCACGUCCUGCCCGGCAUUGGGCAUAUCGAACCCCACCAGAGUACCGGGACUUCUCCCAGCAGGCCCGCAGUCUUAUCUUUGGUAUGGAUCUUCCCGAUGCAACCAGGUGGGUGGAGGAGAUAAGCUAUGGGAAUCCCUACGUAUGUGUAGCGCUAAUUCUGGGUCUCUGUCCCAAUGUACAGGCAAUGGUCCUCGACUACUCGUUCGUAUACAUGGGGGGCUGGCCCGGCAGACUGAUCACUGCGGCGUUCCGGACUGCUCCUAGAUCUCGAACCCAUGAAAUUCCGAAAUUUGGAAGGCUGAGGGAACUGGAGUACGGGUUGAAUGUUCCCGAUGUCUGGCACGCCAACCCACAGGGUCCCUUUUACCCUUCAGCUCACCCUGAUCAAUUUGAUGGGCUGUUUCGCCUCGAAGCACUCCAACAUUUGGCGGUUUGGCUGCGCCAUCCGCCAUCGCUCGAGGGUACCCUGAACAUCGAGAGACUGGAAACCCUGUGCCUCGUCCGGUCCACGAUUGCCGAGCAGGACGUAGAACAGAUCCUUCGGCGGGCCAGCCGUGUUCACACUCUCCACCUCGGACUGAUAUAUCACAGGGCUAGGUUCCAACCAUUCAGGGCGGCGGGCACACCAAUCCUCGACGGACUGAUGGCGGUGCGCAAUACGGUCCAUAUACUAUCGAUCGGGAUAGAGUAUGAGGCUAUGACGUACGGCCCCCGGUUCAACCAGGUUGACUCGACAAACUGGGGCCACUUCCGUGGUUUUCUCCUCAGGUUCCCGCACCUGAUAUCGGUCGAGCUCCCGGUGCAGAUGCUGUUGGGUCUUGUUUCGUUGACUCACGGUCGACGCCCCUCCUUAGGCCCUCUUCUCCCGCCAAGCUUACUUCAGCUAAUUAUUCGAUUGGAUCUCUGCCAUUCUCAAGGGUCAGAUGAGGUAGAACCCCUUUGGGGCCGACUCAGCGCACUCAAUUCAGUCGAGAACCAUCUCAGGACCGAACUCGAUCUGACGCCUCAAUUGAAAUUCGUGACCCUGCGAUCGUGGCAGUGGCAUGGGUAUCAUACCAAUGACACCCUGCCCGUACGAACGGCAUUGUGGCAACAGUACCGUGUUCGGCUUGAGGAGCAGUUUGACCGUAUGUCUCCAGGGACGGUGACCAGUGUUUUCCUCAUUUAA